GGCCGGCGGCGGAAGCGCGGGGUUUGAUGGGAAGGAGUUGGCCGGGCCCAUCGCUCUGUCAGUGGCGGCUGCUGCCUGCUCGGGAGGCAGGCUGCGCGGUGGCCGCCGAAGCUGGCAGACGUGGACAAAGCGCCGGGCUUUGCCCGCUUCUUGCAGCUGUGAAUUCCUUUGGACAAUUGAUGAUAUUUAUCAUUGUGCCCAGUUUCUAAAAAUAAAAGAUGGGUGGAUUAUUUUCUCGAUGGAAGACAAAACCGUCAACUGUAGAAGUUCUGGAAAAUAUAGAUAAGGAAAUUCAAGCAUUGGAAGAAUUUAGGGAAAAAAAUCAGAGAUUACAAAAAUUAUGGGUUGGAAGAUUAAUUCUCUACUCUUCAAUUCUCUAUCUGUUUACAUGUUUAAUUGUAUACUUGUGGUAUCUUCCUGAUGAAUUUACAGCAAGACUUGCCAUGACACUUCCGUUUUUUGCUUUCCCAUUGAUCAUCUGGAGCAUAAGAACAGUACUUAUUUUCUUCUUUUCCAAGAGAACAGAAAGAAAUAAUGAAGCAUUGGAUGAUUUAAAAUCCCAGAAGAAAAAAAUACUUGAAGAAGUCAUGGAAAAAGAAACUUAUAAAACGGCUAAAUUAAUUCUUGAAAGGUUUGACCCAGACUCAAAGAAAGCAAAGGAGUUUGAGCCGCCAUCUGCUGGAGCAGCUGUAACUGCAAGACCUGGACAAGAGAUUCGUCAGCGAACUGCAGCUCAGAGAAACCUUUCUCCAACACCAGCAAGCUCUAGCCAGGGCCCUUCUCCACAAGUUCCAGUAUCUCCUGGACCACCAAAGGACAGUUCAGCCCCUGGUGGACCCCCAGAAAGAACUGUUACUCCAGCCCUAUCAUCAAAUGUGUUACCAAGACGUCUUGGAUCCCCUGCUACUUCAGUGCCUGGAAUGGGUCUUCAUCCUCCAGGUCCACCUUUAGCAAGACCCAUUCUCCCCCGAGAGCGAGGUGCUCUGGAUAGAAUUGUUGAAUAUUUAGUUGGUGAUGGUCCACAGAACAGGUAUGCCCUUAUAUGUCAGCAGUGUUUUUCUCAUAAUGGAAUGGCUUUGAAAGAAGAAUUUGAAUACAUUGCUUUUCGAUGUGCCUACUGUUUUUUCUUGAAUCCUGCAAGAAAAACUAGACCUCAGGCUCCAAGACUUCCAGAGUUUAGUUUUGAGAAGAGGCAGGCAGUGGAAAGCUCAAGUUCAGUUGGUCCCUUGCCCUCAGGAAGUGUGAUUUCGUCAGAGAACCAGACCAGUGAAGAAUCUUUAGAAGAACAAGAUGUUCUUGAUAACAGUACAGAGCAGACAGAUGAGAAAAUAUCAGAUACAGAGCAGACAAACCAAGGGAUUGAAAAAAUUUCUGGCACAGAGGACCCGGAGGAGAGACAAGAGACCGAGAAUGAGGAGACCUCGGUGAAUGAAGCCAAAUCAACAGUUCCCAGAGUGGAUUCUAUUCCGAAUCCUGAACUCAGUGGAGAAUCUUUGAUGGCAGUGUAGUAAAUGCUUCCACGUGCCUUCCACUGGACAUUUGUAGACUUGUUGAUGUCAGUUAUUGCUUUUUAGGUGCUGCUUUCUUUUUUUCCCCUCUAAGGAUGUGCUUGAUAUCAUUUGAAUUCAGAUUACUUAGCUAUUUCAAUAUGUCAGAAUUGUAGCUACUGGGUAUUAAAUUAAAGGCAAGGGAUAUCAGUAAAGGAAGAUCCUUUGGAGUGUACAAAGACCCACACUGUUUAGCCAGCUUUUAGAUGUUUUCUUCCAUUCUAAAAGUAAACAUAGCAUUCUUGUUUUCUCUAUGUGUGACCUGUAAAUAAUACCCAUUUUGACAUAGGAAGAACUUUGGUUAUGAGUAAGUUCUAAUAGUGUUCGUUUUUAAGGAAUGAAACCCAAUUAAGAUUUUAAAUAAUUCAUUAUCAAAAAUGGAUAAAAUUUUAAUUCUUGAGAUAUUUUCCAGGAGGGGAAAUGUCUAUUUAGGCAUUUACAUUAAGUGGUAUGAAAGUUACAAAUAACUAUAUAGGCAUUGGUACGAAUUCUCAGUAAGAAUGCAACUGAACAGUCAAGUGCAGUGUUUCUUUUUGAUGUUUCUUAUUUUGCAGCUGGGCCAAAGGCACAUGAUGUAUAUAAUUAGCUUAUGUUUACAUAUUAACAUAUAGGAAAUAUCUCUGCACUUGACUGUACUUGAAUUCUGAGCAUUAUUUAUACUUGUAAAAUAAUGGUGAUAUUAUAAGUGAAUUUUGUGCUCUUGUGUGUGUAUUGUUAAGGAAAAUAAAGAUGAUCUGGCAGCAGUUUCUUUUUGUUAAAUAUCUAGACUUCUUCAGACAGUGUCUUGGUAGAUGACUUGGCUAUCUGAAAAAUCUUAGUAAGGGGAGCUCACAAUAAAAUUAAUCCAUAGACUCUCCUGAGAGCAAAUUUUGAUGCUUCUGUUCAGACCAAUUGCCUUUCAAACUCAGAGAAAUAGUGACAUGUAGACGUUCUAAUCAGAGAUUAGAGUUUCCUGAUUCGGGAAAACCUUAAGCCAUUUGUAAUUUUUAAUUUUGAGAGACAAAGAAGUACUGUGAGAAUAGGUAGUUACUAGUAGUUCAUUGGGUUUAAUAUAUGUAUUAACUGGCAAAAAAUUAGACCCAGAAUGGUAAUUCUCAUACCUUGCAUACAAUGUGUUGGUUAUCUUAUUUUCCUUUUAUCUUUCUUCUCCAUUAUUCAAAAAAUUGAAAUCAAGUUAUGCCAAAGGGAAGCAUAUACAGGAAUGGUACAUAUGGGAAAUAUUUCUAAAUUGUACGUAGUUUAUUAAAAAUUUAAUAAAAUAAUAUUUGUUAUUAAAAAAUUCAUAUUUAUGAUUUAAUAUCUUAUAUAUGAUAGGUAUUUUAAUGAACCCAAUCUGUUAAUAGUCUGAGGCAUUAUGGCACAGGGACCAGAGUUUUUGAGAUUACAAAACGCUUUAAAUUUCAGCUCUGCAGUCUUGGGCAAGUAACUCAACCUCUCUGAGACUGGUUUUUCAACUGUAAAAUGGGAAGUAUGAUACCUACUUGUUGGAGUAUAGGGAAGGUGAGAAAUAAUUUGUAUAAUAGGCCAAUUAUUCAUAGAUAAGCAGAUGGUAGCAUUUUAUAUUAUUGAUAUCCUUGUGAAAUAUGAAGGGCUAUAAAUUCUUCCUCUUGCAAAUAAGGAAAUGAAAAAAUAAUGUGAACAUAGAAUUCAGCUGCUCAGAAUCAAGCCAGUAUUCUCUGCAUCAGCUUUUCUCUAUCUUAUACAUGUAUAGAAACACAUAGAUUAAGGAAAUAGGAACCUGGAGCUGUGGAAUAUCAUCUCUGAAUGUAAUUUUUUUUUUUUGGGUGGGGGAGUGAAUCCAUCAGAUUUUGUACGUUAUGGGCUCAUAAAUAUUUUAGUAACAUCUUGUUGAGUCGUCUUGUUUUAAAACAUUCAAAUUCUGAUAUACAUUGCUUGAAAAUGAGUAUUUCAGAGAAAUAUAACUUAAUGAUAGAAUCAAGGAAAUAUUAUGAGAAAUAACUUUGCAAGAAAUGUGGAAGAAGGUUAAAAGGGGAUUAGUAAAGUUAAUGCAAUGGGUAACAUGCUUACCCAUGGUAUAGUGAUUGUAUAGUAUGCUUGAAAACAGAAAAGGUUAUUCUGAUAUUGUAAUAAGUAGUUAAUGGUUCGCGAGAGUGGUAAAAUGUUCUGAUUCUUAAGACUACUUUAAGAAACUACUAUUGAGGCUAGGAAAAACAAACUAUUGAGUGCCAUUAGCUAGAGUGAGCUUUCCUACUAAGAAAUGCUCAACAGAUAUUUUCUAAACUCUUCUCACUGUGUCCUCAGCAUGAUCUACAAACGUGGUCUGGCUGCUACCCCUCCAUGCCUCUUCCACCAUUUGCUACAGCUUCACGGGCCCUUCCAAUUCUGUGACCACGCUAAGCCCGUUCCUGCAUUAGGUCUCCGCUUAAAUGGUCUCUUCUCAGAGAGGUACGCUCUUACAUUCCUGGUCUAAAGCUGGCCUCUGCCUGUUGCUCUCUGUCGUAUCACUUAAUCUCUACUAUUGGACACUUUCAGUAUUUUAUUUGUUUACCGGUUUACAGUCUGCCUUCGCAACAUAAAAUCUGUGUGUGCGAGGCUCUUUUUUUGUCUUACUCACGGCUGUAUCUCCAGGUCUAACACAGUGCUUGACACAUAUGUAUUAUGUGAAUGAAUAACUUGUUGCUAAAUCCAGUGAAAACUCUCAGUCCUUAACUUAUUUCACUGUUUGACAGUAUUGACAUUGCUGAGCAUUCCCCUUGGUUUGAAACACUUUCUUUUUUUCUUUUGGCUUUUGACCUCUCACACUCUGGCCCCUUUCUCUCAGCGUCCUUUCUCUUUCCCUGUGCGCCCAUUAAAUACUGGUGUUCCAUAGCUUCUACCUAGUGCCACAUUUUUUUCACUCUGCAUAUUCUGUCCCUGGAGGAUGUCAUCAACCCCAUGGAUUUAAUUAACACCUGUCUCUCUGAUUCUCAAAUCUCCAGCCUUGAUCUGUUUGCUUCACUUCAGAGAGAUAUAUUCACCUGCCUUCUUAAUGUCUCUUACAAUCAGUAUAUCAAAAAAUGAACACCAUUUUCUCCUUCAGACCUUCAAAACUUUCAAACAUUAUGUGUUUGAACUACAGUGCCCAUUCAACCCUUUCCCCCUUUUUCUUAUAUCUUCACUGUCAGUUUCUGUCUCCAACACAUCUUCGAGUUAUUUUCUCAUUUUUCCAUCCCAUUAACAUUACGUCAAUAAAUGAUAAUAAAACAUUUGCAUUCUUCCUCUGUGCCAGGCAACAUGCUAACUGUUAUAUGUAUCUUAUUUUAUUUGUUCUUUGGCAUAACCCUGUGAGGAUUUUUAUUUCUGGAUUAUAGAUGAGAAACCUGAGCUGUAGAGAGAGUAAGCAACUUGGGCAAUGGAAAAAUCUGGGAUUUGAAUGUAGGCAGAUUACUUCAGAAGUCUUGCUCUUAAUUACUGUUGUGCUGCCUUCUAAUUCAGGCUUCCAUUAUCUCCAAACUGUCUCUUCACUGGUUUCUAUCUUCAGUCUUGCCCACUUGCUAUUUAUGAUGUGCACUAUAGCCCGAAUGAAUUUUCAGAAUUGGAAAAGGAAUCCUGCUACCAUUGCUUAAACUGUUCUAUGAUUCCUCCUUGUUCUUGGGAUGAGGUUCAAACUUACUGAUUGGGCCAACAGAGCCUGUGUAAUUUUGCUUCUAGAACACAACUAUUGCCAUUGUUUUCCGGUCUCCCCGCUCCCCUCCCCGUCCCACUUUUAAUGUAGCUGUCCUAAUGUUUUCUGUGGUUUGCAUAUGCAAAGUUUUUUUUAUAAUUCCCUAGCUUCCUCUUCCCGUGCUUGGGAUAUCCCCCCACUCACACAGACAUGGGGACACUCAAUAAAUAGUUGCCAAAUUCCAUCAAAAUACUAAUAGAACCCACAUUUGGAAAUUUUGCUAGUUGUUAACCUAUGCCUUUUAUUGCUGAAAUUUGUCUUUUGCAUUUUAUUCAUUAGAUACACAAUGUUAUGGAGAACACGACUGAGUCAGGAGACUUACAGCUUUGAGUGUAUAUGUGUUUUUGUGUGUGAGACAGAAAGGGAGAGAUAUUCUAAUUAUAUAAUGAUUGUCCUUAAGUAUUAUAUGCUGAGUGUGUCAGAAAAGCUAAAUGAUUUAAUGUCACAGGAGUAGCUAGCAUCUAAACCAAGCUGGAACUCAGAUCUCAGCUCUUAAUGCAGGAUACUUUAUACUGAACCAUCCAUUUCACACUGCCAAUCAAUAAUAGUGUUAGAGUUUAAGAUUACUUUAAAAAUGUAACCUGUUUUCUUAUUUUUUUCUAAUAUUACUUUGCAAAAUUAUAAUACUACCUGUUAGAUCGUGUGCAAAUCAGUCAAAGGGUCAAAGAAUGGGGGUAAUUUACAGAAUUGUGACUGGCUAUUUUGAAACAAUCAUGGAGAACAGAGCUGCUUUAGAAAAUCGGAAGAAAAUAAUGUGGUAAGUUAUUCUAUGGUAUAACUUCAAUUCAUUGUAAAAAUUGUAGAGAUUUAGAUAUAGUUUAUGGACUCCAAAAUAACUAUUAAUAUAUAUAAAGAUGAUCAUGAAUUGAUGAUCUGCUAAAUCUUAGUUUGUCAUUUGACUUCUUUCGAAGUGUUUUUUUUUUUUUAUGUUUGUUUAUUUUGAGAGAGAGUGCGUGGGUAUGUGUGAGUGAGUGGGGGAGGGGCAGAGAGAAUCCCAAGCAGGCUCCAUGCUCAGCAUGGUGAGCUUGGAGCCUGACACAGGGCUCAGCCUCACGACUGUGAGAUCAUGACCUGAGCCAAAAUCAAGAGUCAGACACUCAAGCUCUCAACCGAUUGAGCUACCCAAGCACUCCUGUUUCAAACUUAUUGGAGAUCUAAAUUUGUCAACUCCACCUACCUGAUAAGUAAAUGUAUUCAGGCUCUGAAUUUAGAAAAACUUAUAAACAGAGCAAAGUACGCUUAUUAGAAUACAAACAUAAGAGUAAAAAUUAAAAAGAAUAAAAACCUUACUAAAUUUUAUUGCUCCAUAAACUAUUAAUUUGUCUCAACCUAAUUUCUUUCCUCCUCAGAAGUGAAUCUACAUUUUCUACUUUGAUACUAUUUAAAAAUGUUUUUUUAAAAAUUGUUGGGGCGCCUGGGUGGCUCAGUCGGUUAAGCGCCCGACUUCGGCUCAGGUCAUGAUCUCGCGGUCCAUGAGUUCGAGCCCCGCGUCGGGCUCUGUGCUGACAGCUCAGAGCCUGGAGCCUAUUUCAGAUUCUGUGUCUCCCUCUCUCUGACCCUCCCCCGUUCACGCUCUGUCUCUCUCUGUCUCAAAAAUAAAUAAACAUUAAAAAUUUUUUUUUAAAAAUUGUUGAAUUUAUUGGAUAGUAGGUAUCCCCCCCAAGUGCCCUUUAGUUUGCCUUUGUGUGAAACUUAGCUUCCACUUAAUUUUCCAUUCUUUGUCCAGAGGUCCUGCUAUGUGGUUUAAUUUAUACUACUUGUAGACUUUAGGAGAAGAAAACACUAUCUGCUUAUAUAAUUCUAUAUUAUUUGAUGUUUUUUACAACCUAGAUUUUCUGCUUCAUUUUUCUCUAGGUUUUUUUUUUUUUUUUAAUAUUUAUACCUUCCUUUUUUCUUUGGCAGCAAAAAUGGUAGAAGUUGGAAGAGCUCUGAGAAGAUUAAAAUGUAUUCUCAAAAAUCUCCCUCAUAAAUUAGUUUUUUUAAGUUCUUAUUCCAGGAUUAUAUGGGAACAGGCCAAAUUUUCAGCUGCCAAAGACUUUUACCAGAUCCCUGGCAUUUGAUUUAGGAAAACUAGGGAAAAUAAUUUAUUUUUGUGAAAAUAAAUAUUUUUAUCUUAGUCUGAUUUUGAAGGGUGAAGAAAGUGGGGACUUAACAUUUUUUGAAUACCUGCUUCUGGUGAGGCCCUGGGUGCUAGAUACUUUCACAUACAUCUCUUACAACCAUGUGAGGAGGUGAAAUCUUAUCAAGCAGGAAUUAAAUUAAUUCCCCAAGACCUCUUAGUUUAUGGAUGUUGUAAAUGGAAUCAGAACCUAGGAUUUUUUUUUUUAACCCUUUUUUUAAAAGUUUAUUUUGAAAGAAAGAGUAUGAGGGGGAGGACGGGUAGGGAGAGAGGACGGGGAAAGAAUCCCAAGCAGGCCGUCCACUGUCAGUGUAGAGCCGGACACAGGGCUCGAACCCAUGAGCGGUGAGAUCAUGACCUGAGCCACCCAGGCGCCCCAGAACCUAGGAUCCUUAAGUCCUUGUCCUAGUCGCUCUCUGUGAGGCUUCUCUUUUGCUGGGUGAAAGAAUAGAUUACUGUUCUUUUGGAUUUCUCAUAUUUUUGUGAUGAUUCAAGUAUUGCUUCUUCAGGACAGUCUUCUCAGCUGAACACUUGUCUCUCUACUCACACACCCUCCCCUUGAAAUUCCUUCAUAACAUUGUCUCCUACGCCAGACUGUGAACUCCUUGAAGGCAGGCCCAUAUCUGUUUUUACUUGUCAAUAUAUUCCUAGUGGCUGGCAUGUAAAAGACACGGUAAGUUAGCUGUUGAAUGGGUCGUAUGCACACCCAGGUGCGUGCAAGUGCACACACACACAGAGUAGGAAAUAACUGCUGUAGUCUUCGUGCAGAUUUUAUAGUGUGGGCAAUUCUGUAAAUCUCAACUUUGAAUUAUUGAGUAGGGAGAGGGCCAGAUAAUUCGAUCCUCACAAUUUAGGUGAAUUUCAAUAGUCUCCUUUGUCUUUUUUGUUUUUGUUUUUGUUUUUGAUUCAUCCAUCCAUAUUGCCGUAGGAGCUUUCUAAAACACAAGUUUAAAAACCUAUUCUAAGAUUUCUUUGUAUACGGCUGACUCCUUAGGCGGCCUGGGAGGAUACCCUAGUCCAGCUUUCUCUCCCACUGCUCUCCCUUAUGCUCUGACCACAGAUGAGUGUUUGGUGCUUCUGAGAGAUGCUCUGCACUGAGCUUACAUGAUGCUAUUCUUGUUAAGCUCUCACUUCUUUUAGUCCCCCGUUUAUAAUGUUCUGAGUGACCUCUUUCUCAGCUUUCCUAAGCAGUUACUUUUUGUUCUCAUUGUACCUUAUACAUUCGUAUGUAACUUACAGUCUCCUGACCUCUUGUUAUACUGUCUGCCUCCCUCAUUUGAUUGUGAACGCUGAGGACAGGCUGUGUCCCCCCGAUUUGUGUUUUCUCACUCGCGCUCUCCUCAAACAACACAACACAAAACAAAACUAAAACCUGGUGUGGUGCCUGCUCCCUGUAUGUUUAGAGAGUCGAUUCAUAUAAAUAAGUGAGAGACCUGACCGGGUCAGCCCCAGUGGCUGGUGUGCUCCUUCUAUUUUGAAACCCCUAUAAAUAAAGUAAUUGUGGCUAGAAAGUGAGAAGCACUAGCUCAAGAUCUGAGGAUAUGGAAACUGUGAGCACACUGAGGGUGGGGAGGGUUUGUUUGUUUUUAUAUUCUUAGUGCCCAACAUAGAUGCUCAGUAACUGAAUGAACCGAACUGGAGAUAACCAGUGUGCUAGUUGGUGGGAUUACAGUGUGGAAGCUGUUCCCUAAUUCACGUGAAUCCAAUGUUUGGGCAAGGUUUCUAAAUUGUAUAUAAAAUAACGUGGUUUAACCCCCAUUCUCGAUGAUCUCUACGUUCCCCACCCUAUGCUCUCAUAUUUAACUUCAAAUGGGGUAUUUUUUUUUGUUUUUCUGUUUAUUUUUAUUAUCUCAUUUCUGACCCAUUUAAUGUUAUGACUGAUGUUAAUUUAGGAACUUUCUGGAUUAAGUAGGUGCUUUUUUGAUACCGUAUCUGGUGGAGUCUGGAUAGACACACUCACAAAAUACAAUUUAGGAAUAUUUCCUCUUUCAUUAUAUAGGUCAUUGGAAUUGAGACCUUAAAGCUGAGUGCUUGCCUCAAAAAAAAAAAAAAAACAUUAAAAGGUAUUGUAUACUGCACAUGGCAAGUAUUAAUUACAACUUGCACUCAUGUGAUAUAUUUUGUGAAUUAUAGUCGGCUAAGUUAUUUAUUUUUCUAAAAAUGAAAUAGGCUAUUUGUGCCUUAUUGUCUCUAGCAAGAAUUCUAAAGCCUUUGCCUACCUUUCAAGAGUUGACGCAUUUUAUUAAAUUAUAGUGGCUUGCUUUUUAAAAAAUAUCUUUUCCUAGGAACCAAAAGGACUCAAAGUUUGGAAUGAACUUGUAUUCUUGAUUAUGACUGUUCACACAACCAAAUAAUACACGAAGUUUUAGAAUAGGAUGCUGUGAGUUUUAUAAACUGAGUACAGGCUGAAAUAAAAUUGAUAUGCUUGAAACAUGU